UGAUCCCGGCAGCACAAGGAGAGUGAGUCCGCCUCCAGCUGCAUCUCCAUCCGGGUGGCGGUGAACAGGAGUCUCUCCACCGCCUUCCUCUGUAAGCUGGACUCGAAGCAUGGGGCUGGCUCUGCCUGAGGCGGGUAGCUGUGAAGCCAGCCAGGGGAGCCCCAUGGCAGCGACGCCUCAGCCUUGCGGGAGUCCGAAGCCUGCCACAGCUCAGGCGAGAGAAGCGCCGCACCAGCUCUUCUUAGUCAAAGGUGGAAUUUUUCUUACCACAAUUGCUACUGCAGGAAUUCUAGCAGGUUUUGGUACAACACUUGCCAUGGCUAAGAAGAAAAACCCCACCUGGUUCAAUAAGGGUGUGAUUGCUACAGCUGCUUUGCCAGAAAGUGGUCCAUCGCUUGCCUUGCGAGCCUUAGGAUGGGGUUCACUGUAUGCCUGGUGUGGAGUGGGACUGGUCAGUUUUGCAGUGUGGAAGGCAUUGGGAGUUCACAGUAUGAAUGAAUUUAAGAACAAAAUUCAAUCAAUAUUUCCACCAAUUCCUAAAAAUACAGAUCACCCUGUUGAAUGGCAGGAAAUUCUGAAAUCCAAGUGAAUGGCAUAUGAAGGAACUUAAGAGUGAAGUACAGAUGGAAAUGUUCCACUUCAAGGCAUUAGUAAAAAAAGAUGAGAGCCCAUCAAGUCAAUUGUAUACCACACACCUCUUGGUUUUACUGGGCAAGAGCAAAAUUUGCUGUGUGGUUCUGGCUGUUACCUCAGGGGAUGGUAAGAACUAUAAUGAAAGUGAAUGAAGUCGUGAAUAUGGAUAAAACUCUGUGUGAAGAAGUGAGCUCUAUGUUUUGGCAAAACAAAGAAACAAAUCUCAAAGGUAAACAUCAAUAUGAAAAUGUUAACAAAAUCAAAUAAAAGAAUUCAAAGAAACUUACCAAA